AUCAUCAACGAUGUUUCACGAGCCGCGCCUCACCUACGUUUCCAAAUCGUUCACCUUUGACCGAAUGAAUUUAUUGCAAUAAAGUAUGAAUGUACGCAGAUCGGUCAGUUUAUUCUGUUUGUAUAUAGUAGUUUGAUCAAAGGGAUCCAGAGGGUUGUGCUAGGACAAUCGGCAGGGUGCGCAGGUACUAAAUUUGAAUUCCCCGCCACUCGUCGCUUAGGCAACCAUGUUGAUGCGUUGAUUUUUCUGGACGAGGUAGGGGGAGACGUGUGUUUAACAGUUUAGUUGGCCUUUGUGUCUGAGUGCGGGUGGGUGGAUUUGGUGAUGUUUUGAUCCAGUGUUUCUUACCUGAAAAGCAUUUUUUGUUGUGUUUCUUUCCUCUUAACAUUUUAUUAUUAAAUCAAUAGACAUUUGGAAGAGAACCUCGCGGAUGAUGAGGUGUUUCAAGCAGUUAGUUACGUCGAGAGCAGUCGACGAAGAUGCAGUUCAAAGUUUGUGAACGCAAGAGGACUACUAGUAUUUGUGAUUUGUUGUGUCGCUGCACUUCGGAAAGGUGCUUCGAACCGUUGAGGAAAAUCUAAGACUUUGUAACUAGCAGAGGAAAGUUGAAACCAUGGAUUUAAUUAGGACAUUCUGGAUCCUAUGCAGCAUCUUUGCGCUGGCCGCCAGCGUACAGGACUUUGAAGAGUUGCCGCUGAACUUUCCGAACGUGGAAAAUGAUAGUUCCCUUACUGGAAAAUUAAAAGUGGCAAGAGUAUCUACCGAUAACACCGACAAUCAUAAACCAAUCUUUACGGAUUGUUCUACCUACAAUCCAUCAAUUAAGGAAGAGCAAGAAAGGGGACUGCAUGUUAUAACAGUCCACGCAAAUGAUUCCGAUCCGCCAGAGAACGGAGGUACAAUAACUUAUGCGAUUGUAAAACGUGAUGGAGAUCGAAACUACUUUACUAUCAACAAUAAAACAGGCGAGAUUACGACGAAUCUGGCCAGUGAAUUUGAUCGCGAUGAACCUACCAGACUGAAGGAAAUAUACAUCACCGUCCAGGCAACCGACAAUGGGAGGCCAAUCCUUGCCGACAUCUGUACAUUCAAGGUGGUCAUAGAAGAUAUCAAUGACAACGCACCCACAUUUGAUCAAUAUGACUACAACCAGAAGGUGGCUGAAGAUACGCCGAUCGAUCGUGAGGUGAUGCGGGUGAUUGCUUAUGACAUCGACGAUGGCGUAAAUGCCAAGAUCACAUACAGUAUUAAGAAUGAUGGUACGUCAGCUGCCAAUGAAUUUGACCAGUACUUCAUCAUGGCCAACGAUACGGGGGUUAUUACUUUGAGGAAGGCUUUAAGUGACAAGAAGACACAGUUUUUUUCAACCGUUUUAGCGAAGGACAAUCCGAUCAAUCCUUUGGAUGCAAAAGAAACCACAGCGAACGUUAUAAUAAACGUUGUUGGUGCUGACAAGAAACCUCCACUAUUUACAAAGUACCCAUUGACCACGACUCAACUCCAAGAGAACUAUCACGAUUACACGAAUCCCAUUGUAACACUUUCAGCAACUUCUAAUAUAGCGAAGCCAGAUGUCAUCUUUGACUUGGAUAAAGGGCUGACUACUCAGACAAACAAAGAUAAUACUUUCAUCAUCGAACAAAAUGGAACUGAUGCCUACAUUAAACUUGGUAGAGCAUUGGAUUACGAAACUGUGACUGAUUAUCAGUUGACUAUUAGAUGUACCAAUCAAGAUUCUUGGUCGGUGAUGAGGACAAUUGACAUUAAGAUCUUAGAUGUGAACGACGAAAUCCCUGCUUUCAUAGAAUUGGUUACUGGAAGUGUGUUAGAAAACGAGUUACCAGAUGCCGAAGUGAUGCAGGUCCGUGCCAUCGACAAAGAUGGGACAUCAGCUAACAACAUUGUCAGCUACGAGCUUGUGGAUCACACAGAAUUGUUUAAAAUCGAUCCAAACAACGGUAAAGUUACUACAAAUACCUCGUUUGAUAGGGAGAAGCAGAACGUUUAUAACGUGAACAUAAAAGCUAGAGACAAUUCACCUAGUGCCUUAACCAAAAAGCCUUACAAUUCUGCUCUGCAAACGUUCCGUAUUACAAUUGAAGAUCGUAAUGACAAUAAACCAACUUUCACUAAAGAUCCUUACACUGCUCAAAGAAUUCCUGAAAACACGGACAUCGGGAAGGUUGUGAUCGAAGUGAAAGCUGUAGACGUGGACACAGCAUCACUUAUUAAAUACGAAAUUAUCGAAGGUAAUAUUAACAACGCGUUCAAUAUUGAAAGCACAACGGGAAGAAUAAUGGUAUUUUCCGAAUUGGAUUUUGAAAAGAUUGAAAAUUACAAUCUUACCAUACGCGCUUCAGACGGUGUAUUCAAUGACACCACCCAUGUUCAUAUUGAAAUUAGUAACGUCAACGAUGAAUUGCCUGUAUUCGAGUUUUAUAACAAAAACAUCAGUAUUGCAGAAGAGAGUAUUCCAGAGAAUUGCAUUAUUACCUUGAAAGCUUACGACCCAGACAUUAAAGAUCGUAAUGCUGAUCAAAAAAUUGUUUAUAGAGUAGAAGAAAAAAUGACGAGGACCCUUCUAGUUGAUAAAUCUGGCUGCGUUAAAUUGAUUAAGAAAUUGGAUAGGGACAAGCCUUUCGGAUUUGCAGCUGUACAAGCUUACAUCCUUGCCUACGAUGAUAACGAUAGCCUGACCUCCAAGUCACAGUCUGCAGAGAUUUAUAUUAUACUUGAAGAUAUUAAUGACAACCGCCCAUUUUUGAAUAUUACUGAAGUGGUGUGGUAUGAGAAUGGAUUGGCGAAUCAAGUUAUAACGCAGCUACAAGCAGAUGACUACGAUGGUCCUGAUAAUGGACCACCUUUUAAAUUCAAUAUAUCACCAAACGUUGGAGAACUAAUUACGUCAAAGUUUUAUAUUGAAAAUGAUCAGUUAUACGCCAAGGAUGUUUUUGACAGAGAAGAGAAGAAAUUUUAUGACAUUCCAAUAGAAAUUACUGAUAGUGGAAUACCACCUCUAACAGGAAUUAGCAUUCUUCGAGUUAUUAUUGGUGAUGAAAAUGACAAUGAAGCAAAGGACGGUGAAAGCAGCAUCUUUGUAUACAAUUACAAUUGGCCAGACAUUGAAAUUGGUCGAGUUUAUGUGGACGAUCCAGAUGAUUGGGAUUUGAAUGAUAAGGUUUUCACCUGGGAUAAGCAAAAUGAAAACUUUAUGCUAAAUUCUGACAAUGGAAGUAUUAUAAUGAAGAGUGGAACGCAGGAUGGUGAAUAUAGACUAAAGUUCAUAGUGACUGAAGAACACCUGCCUCUAAUUCCGAAGCAUCAGGUAUAUGCAACCGUAACUAUAACAGUAAAGAGCAUCCCGGAAGUAGCGGUGAAGAAAUCGGGAUCAGUGAGGUUGAGUGGAACUAGUAUUGAGGAUUUUGUGGGGAAAUCAAAUAACAAUUUGAGCAAGCGCGAUAUGCUGCAAAAUCAUUUGCACAAAGUACUAAAUACUUCUUCAAUUGAUAAUGUGGAUGUACUUACGGUACUGAAGAGUCCGUCCAAUGUUUCUUUAAUAGAUGUGCGUUUCUCAGCUCAUGGUUCUCCCUAUUAUUCUCCUGAAAAGCUUAAUUCGAAAAUAAGCUUACAUCAGGAACAUCUCGAAAGUACAUUGAAAGUUAAGUUUGAUAUGAUUAGUAUUGAUGCGUGUAUGCAGGAGGACGUAUGCACAGAUUCUUGUACUAAUGAAUUAAAUAUUGGUGAUAUGCCUGCUGUGGUUAUGACGAACCAAACGUCUUUCGUAGGAGUAAACGCGAUAGUCACGGCAGAUUGCCAUUGCAGUCUGACGCAACCAGAACCCUGCGAGGGUUGCGAAAUGCUUGGUAUCGGAUUCAUGGGUAAUGGCUGGGCCACCUAUCACAAAUUCGAGACCUGCAUGUAUCCGGAUAUUCGUUUGGAAAUUGCACCUCAAAACGAAAACGGAUUGAUUUUCUAUGCGGGUCCCAUGGUAUACAAUCCUUUCCCAUACAACAGAGACUUUAUGUCGCUUGAAUUGCGAGAUGGCUACCCCGUGCUGUUGCUGGAUUAUGGCUCAGGCACUACCGAAGUUAUUUUAAGGCAUAAGAACCUAAAUGAUGGCGCCAGCCACAUCAUAAAAAUCUCUUUACGCGAGAAAGAAAUCCUCUUGUCUGUUGAUGAUUGCCAGCAGAGUAGCUGUCAAGUAUUGAAGGAACCGAUAGGUCCCAACAAUAAACUUAAUGUUAACGGACCGCUGCAAAUCGGAGGUCUUAUUAAGAACAUCGAUGCUAUGGGUAAAUACCUGAAAUGGGAAUACAGACCCACGAAUGUCGGUUUCACUGGGUGCAUCAGGAACUUGACUUUCAACAACUUCGUAUACAACUUGAGCAAUCCCGGUGAUAGUUGGAACGCGAACCCCAACUGCAAUUACGGCGUCGCCAGAGCUGUAUCCUUCGGAAUUGAUUCCAACUUCUUGCUCGUUAUUUUACUUUGUUUAGGCACAAUAGCAGUUUUAUUCUUAGCUGUCGUUGUACACAGACGCAAACAGGACCAUUGGGGAGGUAAGGAUAUCGAUGAUAUUCGUGAGACGAUUAUCAGUUACGAAGAUGAGGGUGGCGGCGAAGGCGAUACCGGUUUCGAUUUGUCGGUACUCAGGCGCGUCAAAGAUUAUCAAGCUGACUACCCAAUCACCGAGAAAUCACAGGAAGCACUUCCUGAUAUCAGUGGAUUCCUCGAUCAUAAGAAAGUUAAUUGCGACAGAGAUGCCAAUAGCUAUCCCUUCGACGAUGUACGUUAUUACGCCUAUGAAGGAGACGGCAACAGCACCGGUUCAUUAUCUUCAUUAGCUUCAUGCACUGACGAUGGUGACUUGAAAUUCAAUUACUUGUCAAGCUUCGGUCCGCGAUUCCGGAAAUUGGCUGACAUGUACGGCGAGGAUCCCAGCGAUGUCGACAGCCAGGAUGGCACCGAGGAAUCCUGGUGUUAAAGACAAUAGAAAACGAUACUAAUACAUGGCGAAAUUGAAUCAAAACGAUCAGUACUUAAUCAUCAUAACCAAAGAGCAGUAGCCUCAUGACUGACAUGUAAAUAUGGUUUUUUGAUAGACUGAGAACGCGUUUAAAAACUAUAUUAUAUAUGGGAUACAUUAGUACAGAAUCAACAUGAAGAGGAUACAUUCCUUCAACAAAAGUGCUCUUGACACCUAAUAGUGAUAUGAAAAGCAAAAACAAAACUAAAUGAAAAGAUAUCAUAUUUUUACAAUUCACUUUAUUUUUUAAUAACUUUAUAUAUAAGUCAAUUGUGAUGAAAUCGGCUUCCUAAAAGUAAAAAAAUUAUAUGAAUAUUAUAUAUAUAUAUACACACUAAAUACAGUUCAAUUCUUGUGUUUCUUCGUACCUAGGUUUAAUAGAUAUAUUAUUAUAACAUAUUUUAACAA